CUAUUUUCGAGGUCCUGAAGGUAACCUCAGCACAUUUGAACUAACUACUCCAAUUUUGUAUCAAAACCUCACAUGGUUAGACCCUGUUUGAUAACAAUGAUAGAUGGGUAGGAUCCGUAAGAAAAUAGGAUUAGGAUAAAGAUUGGGAUUGGUAAUGAGAAUGGAUUAGUAAUGAGAAUGAAUUAAUAAUGAGUACAUUUGUUUGGGAUUAGAUGAUGAGAUUAUUAAUACCAUGUUUGUUUACAUGGAAUAGGAUUGAAUUGAUUGUAUAUAUUUCCAUUUUUGCCCUUAUGCAAAGUAACUUCUAUUACUAAUCCAAUGGCAACUUUGUAUUUUGGCAUCAACCUACUUGAGAUUGGAUUAUCAAUACCAAGUCCCAAGGGGUAUUAUGAAUCGCCCCUAAAGGCCACACUACUCAUCCCAAGGGAUUAUUAGUCCGGAUCUAUUUAGGUUAUCAAACAAGGGUGUAGGAGUCCCUUGGGAUUGGACUACCAAUCCCAAGGCUUAAGAGGGUUAUCAAACGGGAACAAGAACUGAGAGUCAACCAUCUCUAAUUGCACUUUCUCGGUUGUCUCAACAAGGCUCUUCUUGUUCUUUUUCUCCGGCGCUUCAGAAAUAAGACAAUAUGACACAUAGCACAUGGCACCAAAGACUAAUUAGCAUAUUUUAAGAAAAAAAUAUCGAAAGCACAAUCUCCGAUGGCAAUUGCCAAUUAGUAUGGUUGAUUCUAACACCACUAGGUUUCAAAGCAUACAAAAUUAGCCUCAGUUUUUAAUCUCCUAUGUAGAUAAUAAAACAAAAGGUACUUGAUCAAAAGGCAUCUUUCUUAAUUCAGGGAAGGUGCCAUGUAACGAAAAUGGGUGGUUUCUUCCUUUUAAAAAGAUCGCACUCUUGUUGCUCAGGGGAUACGAAAGUUGACACUACACUAGUAGCAGGAGAGAGAGAGAGAGAGAGAGAGAGAGAGAGUUCAUGGAUAUCCACAGCAAAGAUCCAAGCAAUGACCUGAUCAGUAGUAUCUCCAAACAAGCUGAAGUGGUGGUAAUAAUGGUGCCAUUUCCAUGCCAAAGCCAUCUCAACCAGCUCCUCCACCUCUCCUGCCUCAUCUCCUCCUCCUACAACAUCCCCGUCCACUACGCCACCACCUCCACCCACCUCCGCCAGGCCAAACUCCGUUUCAAUUCCCAAACCCACCUCCAAGACUCCCAAAUCCAUUUCCACGAAUUCCCCACCCCUGAUGUCCACUCUCCUUCCCCUACCCCAGAUCCCUCCACCAAAUUCCCAACCCACCUCCAGCCCUCAUUCGAUUCUUCCAUCCACCUCCGCCAGCCAAUGGCCGCACUCCUCCAUGGAAUCUCUGCCAUGACAAGAAGGGUUAUCAUCAUCCACGAUGUCCUGAUGGCUUAUGUGGUUCAGGAUGUUGCUGACGUUCCAAAUGCAGAAUCCUACGCAUUUAACCCAACUUCACCCUUUUCUUCUUUCUUCGACGGGUGGCAAAUGAUGGGAAAACCGUCCCUGAAAGAACCACCACCAAAAGGGCUACCAUCAUUCGAAGGAUGCUUCACCAUUGACGUGCUGACUUUCAUAGCCCUUCAAGCUGAUUUCCUGAAAUUUACAACCGGAUAUAUCUAUAACUCGAGCAGAUCAAUCGAAGGUACAUUUAUUGAUUUAAUAGCAAAGGACCAGUUUAAUAGGAACAAAGUUAACACACAGAUGUGGGCGAUUGGGCCCUUGAACCUGGGGGCAGACUAUGAUAGAAAUAACUCAAAUAGCCCAAAACACAAAUGUUUGGAGUGGCUUGACAAACAAGCCCCAAAGUCCGUUCUAUAUGUUUCAUUUGGAACAACAACUACAAUGACUGAUGAAGAGAUCAAAGAGCUCGCAAUGGGGUUAGAACAGAGCGAGCAAAAGUUCAUCUGGGUUUUCAGAAAUGCCGAUAAAGUAGACAUUUUCACAGGAGAGGUGAUGAAAGAGAAACUGCCAGAAGGGUUUGAAGAGAGAAUGAAAGAAGUUGGAAUGGUGGUGAGGGAUUGGGCACCUCAAGUAGAGAUUUUGGGGCACCCAUCCACAGGCGGGUUCAUGAGUCACUGCGGCUGGAAUUCCUGCUUUGAGAGUAUAGCUUUGGGAGUGCCCAUAGCUGCUUGGCCCAUGCACUCUGACCAACCCAAGAAUGCAUUUUUGGUUACAGAUAUAUUGAAGGUUGGUCUGCCGGUUAACAAAUGGGAACAGAGAGAGGAAAUAGUGACUUCGUCAACCAUAGCAAAAGUUGUCAGGAAGCUGAUCGCAUCCAAAGAAGGGGAGGAGAUAAGGAAGAGAGCUGAGGAGCUAGGUGCUUCCACCAAGCAGGCGGUGGAAGAAGGUGGUGCUUCUCGGAUGGAGCUGGAUUCAUUCAUCGCUCACAUUACUAGGUAGGUUCAUAGAACUACCACAACACAAACCUUGUACCUCUUCUUCUUCAUCUCCUCUAAUAAAUCCCAAUCCGCCAAGUUAGCCCUGCAGGCUCCCAUGUUGGAUUUGCUAAUUGGGCUCCAAGGGAUGAUUGGGACAAGUGUCCUCCCAUGUGUGUCCGGCACAUACGAGCGCCAGUACGACAGGCUGCCCAUGGCACCUGGCCCAUUGCCUGGAUUUGGCCCACUACACUGUGCUACCAACUUUUCCGAAACUUGUGUCUUUUGUUAUGUUUAAUUUAAUUUUGAAGUUUCCAAAAAAGAAAAGAGAAAGAAAUAGUUCCUAGUUCCUACAGUUGAUUUUUAAUUUGAUAACAGAUCCAACAAA